ACUGCAACCGAUAUUUUAGAGAUAUUCUGUGAUCUGUGGGGUCAAUUAAAAAACAAUAACACAUUAAAUUUCAGAAGGAAGUGAUGGAAACUUUAUGAAUGAAAAACAAGCUGAGAGAUGCGUGCAAUAAUCUGGAAAAUUACUAACGUUCCUAAAACGUUCUACAAAUCCAUAUUCACUAAAUACGAAAGAUGUCGUACAAGCAUAAUAUCUCUUACAUACAACCACUUUCUAGAUUCUGGUUACAUAGCAGAUGUAUUCAUGGAACCACUUUUCUGGACUGUAGAUAACUUUGCUAGUGUUCUAGGACCUCUUUUUGUUAUAGCUGUAACUGGUUUAACAGCAAGUGUUGUGUUCAUAGCAUACUGGAUAGGUCUUCCUUACUGGUGGGAAAGAAACCCCCAUAUAUGUGUUAUUUUGAUUAUAAUUGGACAUUGGCUUCUAGUAAAUGUAGUAUUUCAUUAUUAUAAAGCUGUGGUAACACCACCAGGCUAUCCACCUCAAGGUGAACUGCUUACAGAGGCUGUUAGUAUAUGUAAAAAAUGUAUUGCACCGAAACCUCCAAGAGCACACCAUUGCUCAGUUUGUAACAAAUGUAUUCUCAAGAUGGAUCAUCACUGUCCUUGGCUAAAUAAUUGUGUAGGCUUUAAAAACCAUCGAUAUUUUUUUCUUUAUAUGGUGUAUACAGUCAUUGGUGUACUGUUUAUUAUAAUAGCAGGCUUUGAUAUAGGAUAUAAUGUAAUAAUUAAUUUGAAUGCAGAUGAAGAAUUAGAUGGACAUCCUGUAAGAUUGAAUAAAUCUGGAAUGUUUGUUCCAGUUGAACACAAAGAAUACAUUGAGAAAGAACCAUUUAAUGAUAUAUAUCAUCAAAACAUUAUUAGAGAUAUAAAUCCUCUCAAUGAGUAUUUAUAUAAUCCUUCUAAAAGACGAUGCAUAGUUUACAUGGUACUCAUUAAUUUGAGUGUAUUGAUUGCAUUAGGUUCUUUGAGUUAUUGGCAUUAUAAUCUUAUUAGGAAAGGUGAAACGAGUAUUGAAGCACAUAUAAAUAAAAUGGAGACAAAAAGACUUGCCCAAUUAGGUGCAAAGUAUGUUAAUCCUUAUGACUUUGGAUAUAAAAAGAAUUGGAGACUUUUCUUAGGCCUAGUAAGAGGUAGGAAAUUUUUUAAAAACAUAAUUCUUCCUUCAGGUCAUAAACCUAUUGGCAAUGGUCUUAUAUGGUAUACUGUUAUGGAAAAUCAUGAAGACUGGUCCUAACUUGUUUAUAUUUUUCUUGGAAAAUAUUCUUCUUCCGCCUUAGAAUAUAUAUUUGAUAUGAAUGCUGAAGAUAAUCUGAUUCAAUGAAUAAUAGAGGAUUAGGAAUAUUCAAUUGAAAUUGGAAACUUCUAGGCUUUUAAGCCCUAGUCUUCAAGACAUUUUAAUCAAUUAAAAAUAAGUCACCUUAAUCUUUCUAACAAAUGUGUUGGGCAUCUUUGAAAUUAUCAUGGUCAAAAUACAAUUUGGGAUUAAAAUGCCUGAAACUUUAAUUUCAAUAUUCAAACUGGUCAUGAAAGCCUUCAUCAAUAUAUACUUAUAUUCAGUCAUAAGAUCCACGUUUUGAUCUGGAAGAAAAAUGUAUCCUCUAGAAUCUAGAUAGAGGAAAUCAUUCAUCUAAGAGGUUGAGAAUGUAUAUAAUAUAUGACAUUCUCUUUUCACUCUUCUUUAUUUUGUAUAUGUUUAUUGUAAAUUUUCAAGUUAAUAGUAUAAAAAACUUCCAUGGGGCUAUAAUAUACAAUUGUGAAAGAUUUCAAUUCAGUUACCUUGAUGAAAAUUCAGGAAUAAAACUUAUCUGGUAUCGAAAUAUAUUAUUCACUAUAAGGAAAACUACUUCCUAAUGGUCAGUUGCACCAUUCGCCUAAACAUUGAUUACUUUCUGAUUUUUCUUAAGAAAUCUGAAAGUAAUCAAUCUUUAGGGAAAUGGUGCAACUGGCCAUAAGGAAGUUGAAUUUUAUUGGAAAAUAUUGGUAUUAAUCAUAGUGGCUGAGUAAAUGCUUUCAUCUUUAUGAAUAACACACUUUGUGAUAUUCUAGGUGCAAGUUUUUAAUAAAAUGGAAAUAUUUAUUGUAUUUUGUAUUCAAUAAAUAUUAAUCAUGAAUUAAUAAUUAUCCAGAUUGGGAUUCUGAUAAUAUUAAUUAUAAAACUGAAUUUAU